CCCAUCCCACCUUCUCAUUCUCUCCAUCUUACCAAGUUACCAACAGCCAGCUCGAGCUUCUUGACCAAAAGUCAUCCGAACGUACGACUAUCACACUUGCUACAUCUAACAAAGCUCAAGCAACUAUCAAUAACAUGGCUGGCUGUUUUACCAUCUUCACUGCCCCCGCCCAAGCUCUCUGCAGCUUGUUCGCCAGGAAGUCCACCUCUGCCGAGGCCGAACGCGAAAGAGAGUUGAACAAGACUCGUAUCAACUGGACCGUGGAACAUCCUGUAUCCGACGCGUCUACCAACUGGGGUUCAAGGACCUCGUCCGCAUACUCGACGGGAGGAUCUAUUCCUUCUCGCUCGUCCACCGCCGAUGAGAUAACCCCUCUCAACGCGCCGGCCAAGCCUGCGAAGAAAGCGAAGAGACCCAAGGCAAAGAAAGAGAAACUCCAUGAGUUCUUCGACCAGAAGACACGUAAGUGGGUUUACCUCACCGAAAGUGAACUCGAGGACGAAGAGGAAGAGCCGCCGCUCAAGUAUGCGCAGCACUGGAAUAAUGUGCACAGGAUGAGGAUGAGUAGUGGGGAGAUGAAGAAGGCCGCGAAUGGGAGGGUUACGGUUAUCGGGAUGGAGGCUUGUUAGAGGGAUAUGAAGAGGAGAUGGGAUGAUGGGCUUAGUUUUCCUUUUUACUUUGUUCGUUUCUCGAGGGGGGC